AUGUCGCAUCCGGGCGACUUCGCGAAAUUGCAGUCCCUAGGAGGACUCCGCUUCCCCUCCAACCUUCCCCUCUCCAAACAUCCCCACUUCUCCCUAACCUCCCCGGGCCGCUUGGCUGCAGGUGGAUCCGCGGAGGGGCAUCAGCGGCACGGAGGAGGACAUUGCUCGAUUCAUGAGCUAGAGGAUUCCCCCCUCUUUUCCCCCACACCGCACCCCUCUACAAACCUCUCCACCCCUCUCCAACCCCCCGGACUGCCAUGGCAGCUAGGGGGCGUGGCGGAGCGGCUGCAGGUGGACCCGCGGCGGGGCAUCAGCGGCACGGACGAGGACAUUGCGCGCCGCCAGCUGCACUUCGGAGCCAACACGUACCCCGAGAAGCCUGGCAAGACCUUCUGGUACUUCGUGUGGGAGGCGAUGCAGGACACAUUAGUGCAGAUCCUGUUUGUGUGUGCCAUAGCGUCCAUCGCCGUGAGCAUCCCUGCAGAGGGUUCCCUGGAGGGGCUGUACGACGGGCUGGGCAUCUUCAUCGCGCUCUUCCUCAUCAUCACCGUUGCUGCGAUAAGCAACUACCGGCAGGCACUGCAGUUCCAGAAGCUCAACCGCGAGAAGCAGAAGAUUCAGAUCGAGGUGACGCGGUCAGGGCGGCGCUGCAAGGUGUGGAUAGACGACCUGGUGGUGGGGGACAUCAUCCACCUCUCCACGGGUGACCAUGUACCAACGGACGGGGUGGUGAUGGAGGGGCACUCGUUGGCAGUCAACGAGUCGAGCAUCACAGGGGAGUCAGAGAACAUGCACAAGGACGAAGCCAACCCUUUCAUUCUCGCUGGCUGCACCAUCAUGGAUGGAUUCGGCGAGAUGAUGGUGACGGCGGUGGGAAUGAGGACGGAGUGGGGCAAGGUGCUGGCGACCAUCACAGAGGACAGCGACGAGCCCACACCACUGCAGGUUAGUUCGUUGGGGGUGUGGUGGGUAGAGGGAGAGGUGCAGAAGAGUGAUCAACGGGUGCGGCUGACCAAGGUGGCAGAGCUGCUGGGCGUCAUGGGCAAUGCUUUUGAGGUGGCAUGGCACAGUCAGCUCGCUGCAGUUCAAAUCCUACAAACUCCCCCCUCCCCGGUCCCCUUCGUGCACCACCAGCUGCUGGGCAUCAUGGGCAUCACUGUGGGCGUGCUCAUCUUCCUCAUCCUCAGUAUCAGGUACCUGGUGACGGAUGCUGACUUCAGCAACUUCACUGCCGAUGACGUCAGCGUGCUGCUCAGCUACUUCACCAUCGCGAUCACAGUGCUGGUCAUUGCAGUGCCAGAAGGCCUUCCCCUUGCUGUCACUCUCACUCUGGCCUUUUCAGUGACCAAGAUGAUGGAAGAUAACUCGCUGGUGCGGCAUCUGCAGUCGUGUGAGACCAUGGGGUGUGCUACCACCAUCUGCAGUGACAAGACCGGCACGCUCACUCUCAACGAGAUGACAGUGGUGCAGGCGUGGGUUGCGGGCGACUUUCAUAAGCCCCACACCGUCCGCACUGGCGUCUCCACACCCGUCGCUCAGCUUCUCUACCAGGCCAUUGCAGUCAACACCAGUGGAUCCGUCGAUGAGCCGCCGGGCAUGCCACCUGUCAUCAGCGGCAGCCCCACAGAAAAGGCCAUCCUUGCCUGGGGAGUCUCGUUCGGCAUGCACUUCCACGAGACCAAGGAGCAGUGCGAGGUGGUGGCGGUGCAGCCCUUCAGCUCCACGCGCAAGCGCAUGGGCGUGCUCAUCCGCACCUCCUCCUCCCCCUCCACCGACUCUCUCACCGCUUCCCCCACCACCGCCACCACCGGCAGCACCAGCAGCACAGGAACCGCGGAAAGCACCACUCCUGGGAGCCUGCGCGUGCACUGGAAGGGCGCAGCGGAGGUGGUGCUGCAGCACUGCGGGCACUACGUGAACUCCCUCGGCAGCAUCGUGCCUCUCACCGAACCCAAGCGCAUGGAGCUAGAGAGAGCUCUUCGAGACAUGGGAAAAGAGGCUCUGCGCACGCUGGGGUUUGCGUUUCGGGACUUUGACAAACGGACAGGGGUGGAGGGGAUGCCGAAGAGAGAGGACGGCAGCGUGGGGGUACCAGAGGACGAUCUAGUUUAUGUGGGGUUUGUUGGGAUUAAGGACCCGUGUAGGGUUGAGGUGCCGGAUUCGGUGCAGCACUGCCAGAACGCGGGGAUUGUGGUGCGCAUGGUGACGGGGGAUAGUGUGGAGACGGCCACGGCGAUUGCCACCGAGUGCGGGAUCCUCACGGCGGGCGGCACUGUCAUGGACGGCGCACAGUUCCGCGCCAUCCAUGAGAACGACCUCCCCGCAACUGUUGACCGCCUGCAGGUGGGACUUAGGGUGCUGGCGCGUGCAUCACCCACGGACAAGCUGCAGCCGGUGCUUGCACGUGCGUCCCCCACGGACAAGCUACAGCUGGUGCGCGCACUCAAGGAGAUGGGGCAUGUGGUGGCCGUGACAGGCGAUGGCACCAACGACGCCCCUGCGCUGCAUGAGGCGGACAUAGGCCUGGCCAUGGGGCAGUGCGGCACAGAAGUGGCAAAGGAAAGCGCGGACAUCAUCAUCCUGGACGACAACUUUGCAUCCAUCGUGCGCACCGUCGUGUGGGGGCGCUCCGUGUUCGCCAACAUUCAGCGCUUCCUGCAGUUCCAGAUCACCGUCAACUGCGUGGCACUGACGCUCAACUUCAUCUCUGCGGUCGUUACAGGGGAUGCGCCUCUCACUGCCGUGCAGAUGCUCUGGGUGGACUUGAUUCAGGACACGCUAGGAGCGCUCGCGCUGGCCACGGAACCGCCCUCCGACAAGCUUCUGGAGCAGCCGCCAGUGGGGCGCAGCCAGGAGCUGGUGUCCGCUGCCAUGUGGCGCAACAUCAUUGGGCAGACGGUGUACCAGCUGUCGCUGCUGUGCGUGCUGUGGUUCAAAGGCAUGGAGCUGCUGCAGCUGCCCGGGCCCCCGGGCGUGCCGCGGGUGAUUGCUAAAGGGGGAGAGGAGAUCUCGGAAGGGGAGAAGCAGCUCGUUACCAUCAUAUUCUCCUCAUUCGUCUUCAUGCAGAUAUUCAACCAGCUGAACUCGCGCAAGCUGGAGGAGUGGAACGUGUUUGAGGGGCUGCUCGUCAACCGCCUCUUCAUCCUCAUCGUCUCCAUUGAGCUCUCCGUGCAGGUGCUGCUGGUGGAGCUGCUGGGCAAGUUCGCGGGCUGUGUGCGCCUGACGCUGCUGCAGUGGGCGCUCUGCUUCGCCCUGGGGGCUGGAUGCGUGCCCUUUGGCAUGCUCUCCAAGCUCAUCCCCCUGCCAGGGAAACGCCAUGCUCGGAAGAAGAUACUGGGGAUUGGGAUGCAGUGGCCGCCUUUGCUGCUGACUUUUGAGUCAGCUCAAAAGUUCUUACUCCCAUGCGCGCCCUCCCAUUCCCAUGCCCCCAUGCUCCCAUGCACGGGCGGGCGUCAGGGCGACUGGGAUGCUGUGGCCGCCAUUGCUGCUGCCCACCCUUGCGUCAUCCCAUCCUUCGGCCUGCACCCAUGGUACGUGCACUGUCGGUCGGCCCAGUGGCUGCAGCAUCUGGAGGAGCGCCUCUCAGCGCAUCCCCACGCGGCCAUGGGCGAGGCAGGCUUGCAUCGUAGCAGGAAGGCCAGCAGCGGUAGCAGCGGCAGCAGGGGGGCAGCGAUGGAGGAGCAGGUGGAGGUGAUGUGCGCGCAGCUACAGCUGGCUCGCCGCUUGCACCGCCCCAUCGCCCUGCACUGCGUUCAGGCGUACGGGAACAUGCUCACAGCCCUGCAGCAGCACGGCCCAUUCCCAGCAGGAGUCAUUCUGCAUUCAUUCAACGGCCCUUCAGAAAUGAUUUCAGCGCUCGUCUCUCUCAACACCUUCUUCUCCUUCUCCCGCCUCUCCGCCUCCUCGCCCCCCCACAAGCUCUCACACCUGCUGCACCAGGUGCCUCUGGAUCGCCUCCUACUGGAAACAGACUCACCUGACGGCCUCCCCCCUGCCAGGCGCAAGGGGGGGGAGGGCAGCACUGGGAGGGGCGGGGGAGGAGACGGGAAGGCAAGGAGGGCUACCAUAGGCCUGGUGAGGGCUACCAUUGGCCUGGUGUGUGAGAUGGUGGCGAGCAGCAUGGGCAGAUCGAAGGAUGAGGUAGCAGAAGCAGCAUUCGCCAAUACUGUUCGACUCUUCUCCUACCCUGGCUCACGUCUUUCUUCUUUGAAGACGCCUAAAACUAAGGAGUAG